GUCCAGCUCGGUGUUCAUUCUCUACCCCACCUUGGGUUCCGGAGCGCUCUCCACAAUCCUUCCUUGCGAAGGAGCGAAGUGUGACAAUUGAAGGCUGCUAAUGGUACUGCGAUAUCUACAACAUUUUGCUCCUUAAACCAUUCCCGCUUUAAUGCUGAGCGGCAAUUUGACGACGGGAACCAUGAGGGUCAUGCCUCACGCUGAACCUCAACUUAGGCAAUGCAUACCUUUUCAAUCACGUCUUCGAAUCACAAAGGUGCCAUUGCGGCCAUCCCUAGCACAACACACAUCGUCUCAUGAGAAGCCGUCCUAUCGGCCUGCCGCUAGUGGCGUUGCAACCGUAAGCAAGCAGGGCAAAGGCCCGAAAUCGUCGGACAAUAAGGCGACGCAAAGCGCCUCAUCGCCGGAUGAAGUACGCAAUGUGCGACUCAAGAAGGUUGCGGAUUUGCGCGGUCAGGGCCAGGAGCCCUACGCGUACCGCUUUGACCGCACGCACUACACCAAGGAGCUGCAGGAGCAGCACGCGGGGCUGGCUGCCGGCGCUGAGGAUGCGAGUGGGGCGGUGGUGGCGGUUGCGGGGCGGGUCAUGGCUAAACGUGUGAUGGGUAAACUGGCCUUCCUGAGCCUGCGGGAUGACAAGGGGCAGAUCCAGCUCUACGUUGAGAAGGCCCGCCUGGAGACCAGCCAGCCCGGCGGGUUCGAGGUUGUGAAGGGGCUGGUGGACGUGGGCGACAUCGUGGGGUGCAGCGGGGGCGUGAGGCGGACGGAGCGGGGGGAGCUGUCGGUGGUGGCGGAGGGGGUGCAGGUGCUGACCAAGUCGCUGCAGCCCCUCCCCGACAAGUGGCACGGGCUGGCGGACGUGGAGAAGCGCUACCGGCAGCGCUACCUGGACAUGAUCAUGGCGGCGGAGGUUCGCGACACCUUCCGCGCCCGCUCGCUCAUCAUCUCCACCCUGCGCCGGCAGCUGGAGGAGCGGGACUUUCUGGAGGUGGAGACCCCCGUUCUGGAAUCCGUAGCCGGCGGCGCCGACGCGCGCCCCUUCCGCACCUUUCACAACUCCCUCCGCCGCGACUUCACGCUGCGCAUCGCCACGGAGCUGCACCUGAAGCGGCUGGUGGUGGGCGGGUUCGAGCGGGUGUUCGAGCUGGGGCGCAUCUUCAGGAAUGAGGGUGUGUCCAGCCGCCACAACCCCGAGUUCACAUCGGUGGAGAUAUACCAGGCCUACGCCGACUACGACGACAUGAUGUCCCUCACGGAGCAGCUCAUCCGGGCGUGUGCGCGGGCGGUGUGCGGGUCCACGCAGCUCACCUACCAGGGCACGCCGCUGGACUUCGGCCCCCCCUUCCGCCGCGCCUCCAUGGCGGAGCUGGUGCGGGAGGCGUGCGGACUGGACCUGGAGCCGGCCAUCAUGGCGGCAGCAGCGGAGCGGGAGGGGGCGGAGGGGGGGACAGCGGAGGGGGAGGGGGCUGCUGCGCUGGCUGAGGCGAAGGCGGCGGCGGAGGCAGUGCUAGCGGCGCACCCAGACCGGGAGGUGGUCAAGGCCCUUCCCAAGGUCCGCUCCGCUCCCUCGCUGGGCCACCUGCUUAACGUGCUGUUCGAGGCGCUGGUGGAGUCGCGGCUGACGCAGCCCACCUUCGUGACGCAGCACCCCACCGACAUAUCGCCGCUGGCCAAGCCGCACCGCAGCAAGCCGGGGGUCACGGAGCGGUUCGAGCUGUUCAUCGUGGGUCGCGAGCACGCCAACUCCUACUCCGAGCUGACUGACCCUCAGGAGCAGCGCCGCCGCUUCCAGCAGCAGCUGGAGCGACACAACGGCGCACGCGCGGCAGCAGCGGCGGCGGCAGCAGCGGCGGCGGUACAGCAGGAUGAGGGGUCGGAGGCCUCCUCGAAUGGUGGUGAAGGCGUCUCGUCAUCCCGACCUUCCCAGGCACAAGGGGGGACCCAUGGGUCAGCUGCUGCCGCUGCUGGGUCGGACACGUCAGCCAAGGAGGACGAGGACUAUGAGAUCUCCAUGGAUGACGACUUCAUCACGGCCCUGGAGUACGGCAUGCCGCCCACGGGGGGUCUGGGUAUCGGGGUGGACCGGCUGGUGAUGCUGCUGACCGACAGCCCCUCCAUCCGGGACGUCAUCGCAUUCCCGCUCAUGAAGUGAGGAGGUCCCGCACGUGUGGAGUGAGGGAGGAGGAAUGAGGAAGGGUGAUGUUGAGUGGAGCACAAUUCCAUGUCCCAUGUAAAUUGAGGCGAAGUGGGAGUCUUGUACUUGUCAGUCAGGCACGACCCCACUGGCCCCCUGGAGCACUCAAAUGGAGGGAGCGAAGCAGCGUGUUGCCACUGAGAUAGAGUAACGGGGAUAGCUAGGUAGGGUGCCUACGGAUGUAUGCCGACACGGGGAAGGACAGGCGCUUAAUACUGCUCGUUACCGUCGGUGGAGUAGAGGGCAAGAAUGGGCUGAUUUAGGGUACAUCUGGCC